AUGGAGAACACCACGAAGAAGCCUCCCGAUGAUGAUGAGACUUCUCGGCCAACCUCAGAGAACGAAGAUCAACUCCUCUGCCAAUUGAAGACCGACCUGAACACACUCCCACAAGAACUCUACAACCAAAUUCACGACGAGGUCUUCACCGCAACAUCUGGCGCCCGGAGGAUCGUUCCCGGCGGUUCAUUCGCCAUCAAGCAAAACAAUCCCGGAAGCACAUUAACGAGAGCGCAUCAUCAUUUCAUCCGUUCAAGCACUGCAAACACGCAUCUCCUUCAAGUCUCCUCUGGCACUCGCGCGAAGUACGCCGAGACUUACUUCGGCAACGGUGCGGUCUUUGAGUUCCACACUCGGGGGGGUUCAGAAGGGGCAGCUCUCUUUCGCAGGUGGCUUGCAUCCAUCCAGGACUCUCAUCGCUCACUCAUCAAUGAGGUCAAGAUAUGUGUGCUCCCGCCUGUCUCAUAUGACCAAUACAAGAGGGGCCGAUGGGGAAACUAUUUCUUGCGUCUUCUGCGCAGAGGCAUCGAGGACGCGUUUGGGCGUACUUUCAGGGCAGAAGUGGCCUUCGGAAGAGGUGGUGACUACAUCAUCUACCGCCGCCUGAGAAACUGA